AUGUCUAGUGGGCAUAGAGGUGGCGGGGAUAGAGGAGGACGGGGCGGGUUCCGUGGAGAUCGUGGAGGCGGAGGAAGAGACAGACCGGGCGAUUACAGGGGGAGGGGCACCGGUGGGUUUCGAGGUGAUAGAGGCGGAGGUGGAAGAGGAGGCUAUGGAGGUGGCCAACAAGCCAUCCAGGUCUUCUCCAACCCUCAGCGCCAAGAUCCCAAAGUCGCCAAAGUCGAAGAUGCCUUGCAUCCAUCGACAAAGAAGACGCUCGAUCUUGGUAGCCUGAAGCUGACCGAAGGCUUCCCCAGCCGUCCGGGAUAUGGUACCAAGGGUACCAAAGUUGAGCUCACGGCAAAUUACGUCGAGUUAUUGCCGCCAUCAAACAUGGUUCUGCAUCGGUACGACAUACAGAUCAGCCCGGAGGCCGCUGGCAGGAAGUGUUUCAGGGUCGUGCAGCUACUGCUCCAGUCGGCCGAAAUGGCACCGCUCCAGGGCGACCUUGCAACUGACUUCCGGUCUACCCUCGUCUCCAAAAUUAAGUUUCCGCGUGACGAGUCCAUUAUCGAGGUACGCUACCGUUCAGAAGGCGAAGACGAACCGGCGGCUAGAGCCACCACAUACAAGAUCCGCGUCCUAUAUACAAAGACUUUAAGUAUCGGCGAGUUGGUCAACUGCCUGAACUCCACGAAUCUUAGCCAGUCGUUACGAGAUAAGCAGGAGUUGACGCAGGCCCUGAAUAUCUUUCUGAACCACUACGCCAAAUCCGCAAACCUCCUUGCCACGAUUGGAUCGACAAGGAGCUUUUCCCUCAACCCAAACGCAGUAAGAGGAGAUCUCAGCUCUGGCUUGGAAGUCAUUCGGGGCUUCUUUUCGAGCGUGCGCGUUGCGACUUGUCGCAUCCUGGUCAAUAUUAAUGUCAGCCAUGGAGCUUUCUACCACGCUGGCCCUUUACCGGCGCUCAUGAACAAUUACGGUGUUCGCAACAGCGUCGCGCUAGAAAGAUUUCUCAAAUUAGUUCGUGUCCAAACCACGCAUCUGCCCGAGAAGCGCAACAAAGCCAAUGAAGUGAUUCCCCGAGUCAAGACUAUCUUUGGGCUUGCCAAGAAGGAUGAUGGACAUCGCAUGGCCCACCCACCUCGCAUUAGACAGCAUGGGGCGGGCGCCAAAGAUGUCGAAUUCUGGCUUGACGGUGAAGCCAACUCCUCUAGAGCACCCAAGGCGGCAGCCAAGGGAGGCGCGAAAGGGAAGGGCAAGGGCAAGGAUGAGGCUCAGCCAGACAGCUCAGCAGCUUCUGGCUCUGGGAGGUACAUCACUGUUUUUGACUUUUUCAGAAUAACAUAUAAUCGGGUUCUACAACAUCCCCAGCUUCCGUUGAUCAACUGCGGCAACCGGGAGAAUCCGAUGCAUCUCCCGGCAGGAGUCUGCGUUGUCUUCGCGGGCCAGCCCUCCAUGUCGAAGCUUGACGGCACCCAAACUCAACAGAUGAUUCGCCACGCUGUUCGAAAGCCGUGGGAGAAUGCGGCGUCGAUUGUUGGGGAGGGUGUACAGACUGUUGGUCUCAAUGAGAACUCCAACGUGCUUUUGCGUUCUUUUGGCCUGAGAAUCACGCCAGGGCUCGUCAAAGUCCCCGGUCGCGUCCUCGUCGGCCCGAAGGUUAUCUAUAGGGGCAACAAGGCCGCCGAUCCACGCUUCGGCAGUUGGAAUAUGAUCAAUAUACAGUUCAACACCGGCGCCUCACUUGCCAAGUGGUCAUACCUGAUGAUCUCGGUUCCCGGAGCUCGUGACUCCUUCGACCCGCAAAGCCUGCGGGCCGUAAUGAACGAAUUUCAUGAAGCCUUGAGGAAAAUCGGCGUCAACGCUGCCCCACCGCUCCUAGGUCAACGCGUCCAACUUCAGCAUCCAGAUGACCCUGCAAUCGGCUCGAGUUUACAGCGUGCCGCUGGAGCUUUGGAUCUCCUUUUUAUCAUCCUGCCCGAGGCCAACGUACCAUUAUAUAAGCGCAUUAAGACGAUCGCCGACAAGGACUAUGGCAUCCACACCAUCUGCUCUGUGGGCUUCAAACUAUCGAAAGACCGCGGCCGCGACCAAUAUAUGGCUAAUGUCGCUUUGAAGUUCAAUCUUAAGCUCGGCGGCAUCAAUCAGACGGUGGAGAACAAGAACCUCGGCAUCGUCGACCAGAACAAGACGAUGGUUGUCGGCAUCGACGUCACGCACCCCUCACCUGGCUCCUCCUCUAAUGCGCCCUCUGUCUCUGCAAUGGUGGCUUCGGUCGACAAAUUCCUAGGUCAAUGGCCCGCAACCUUGCGCAUCCAACGCGCGAGGCAGGAGAAUGUGGACGACCUCACUGAGAUGCUGAAGUCUCGCCUUAACCUCUGGAAGACCAAAGGCAAGCACAUCGCUCUCCCCGAAAAUAUUCUCAUCUAUCGCGACGGAGUCUCUGAAGGCCAGUACGACAUGGUUCUCUCGCAAGAGCUUCCUCAACUUCGCCGCGCCUGCGAACAAGUGUACCCAACAGUCGACACCAAGAAUGGCCUUCCACGCUUCACCAUCAUAAUCUGCGGCAAGCGGCACAAAACGAGAUUCUACCCCACUACUGAGCAAGAUUGCGAUAGGUCUGGCAACACUAAACCCGGCACCGUUGUCGACCGUGGGGUGACUGAAGCGCGGAACUGGGAUUUCUUCCUGCAGGCACACGCCGCACUUCAGGGGACCGCCCGCCCAUGUCACUACUACAUCGUGCAUGAUGAGAUUUUCCGGCAGAUCUAUGCGAAGUCGAUCCCGCCCCCGUUCCAGAACAUCGCCGAUAUCGUUGAAGAUCUCAUGCAUAAUAUGUGCUACUUGUUCGGCCGCGCGACCAAGGCUGUUAGUCUAUGCCCCCCGGCGUACUACGCUGAUCUUGCGUGUGAGCGCGCGCGAUGCUACUUGGCGAGUUUGUUCGACACGCCGUCACCGAGUGCGGCCCCGUCAGUGACUGCAACAUCAGCGACUGGGGGAGCUGGGCAGCCCAGCGCUGAUGAUGUGCAGAUCCAUCCAAGGCUGAAGGAUACGAUGUUCUACAUUUAG